GGGUCAGUCCCCGGCUGUGCUCCGGGGCCUGCCUGUAGGAACUUGUGUUCAGCCUCCUGCCCUCCCCGUGCGGCUCCCUGCCGGGAGUCCCGCUGGCGCUCAGGCUCCUGGUGCAGCAGAGGGAUGGCGAGGGCUUCUGGCUAGGCCCGGGCGUGCGGGAAGAGAGGACGGAACCUGGGGACAAGCUCCAUAGAGAGGAGAAGGUAGUUUUGAAUGGAAGAAAGAAAGUUUUUUCUCUGAAGAAAUGGCCUCCAGCACUGGAGAUGAAAAGGGCGUGAAUCCUGUGCUCAGAAUAAGUCAACUUGAUGCUCUUGAACUAAACAAAGCCCUGGAACAACUCGUGUGGUCCCAGUUUACCAACUGUUUUCAUGGAUUUAAACCAGGGGUGUUGGCUCACUUUGAACCAGAAGUAAAAGCAUUUUUAUGUCUUAUAUUAUGGAGAUUCACUAUCUAUUCCAAGAAUGCAACUGUGGGACAGAGUAUUCUGAAUAUUCAAUACAAGAAUAACUUAUCUCAGACAGAGAAAUACCAACCUCUGAGCAAACAACAAAAGUUAUGGUAUCUUAUUUUCACUGUUGGUGGAAGAUGGUUGGAAGAAAGAUGUUAUGAUUUAUUUAGCAAUCGUCAACAACAAUCUUUCUCCAAAAUUAAGAGCUAUAUUAGCUUUGGAGCUGGACUUCUAAAACUUUGUGGAGUUCUAAAUUUUCUGAUUUUUCUUCGGAAAGGAACAUUUGCAACACUUACAGAACGCAUUCUAGGAAUUAGGUCAGUUUUUUGCAAGCCGCAAAGUGUUCGUCAGGUAGGAUUUGAAUACAUGAAUAGGGAGCUCUUAUGGCAUGGCUUUGCUGAAUUUCUGAUUUAUCUACUGCCACUUAUUAAUGUACAGAAACUGAAACUUAAAAUUUCUUCUUGGUGUUUGCCUAUUGCAGGUCUUUCCAAUAGUGAAAACACAUUAGCAAACCACUGCAGGGAAUGUUCACUGUGUGGGGAAUGGCCUACCAUGCCUCAUACCAUAGGCUGUCCACAUGUUUUUUGUUACUACUGUAUUAAAAGUAACUACUUAUUUGAUAUGUAUUUUACAUGUCCUAAAUGUGGCUCAGAGGUACACACUCUUCAACCACUGAAGUAUAAAAUUGAAAUGACAGAAUUGCAUGUCUGAUAUGCGGUUGAUUUUGUUUUAUACAAUAAAUGAAAUAUAUUGAAGAGAUUAAUGGAAGAAUUCAGGGGCUAUCGGAAGCUUAAAGAUGGUUUUGGAGACUCUGUAAUUUGUCGUAACAUAUAUUUUUACUGCUCUUAGGUUUUUU